AUUUUAUAUUUGUAUAUAUCAAAUAGGUAUGAUUUGCGGUAUAUCGCGGUAUACCGCAGCACAGUACGGUAUACCGAAAUGUCGGUACGGUAACGGUUUUCAUAUUUUCAUAUACCGAAUUUUCGGUAUACCGAAAUGCGGUAUACCGAAUUUUCUGUAUACUGAAAUGCGGUAUACCGAAAAAUCGGCACGGUACGGUAUCGUGUUUUCUCAUACCGUACUUUUCGGUACGGUAUGCAGUAUGCCCAUUUCGGUACGGUAUGCAGUAUGCCCAUUUCGGUACGGUAUACUGUACCGAUCCAACCCUAGAUGCGACCAGAAUUACUAACAAUUUAUCUAUAUUAAUUAUGAAUCUAUUUGUAUUUUUCGACGCGACAAGAAUUACUUAUAAUUUAUCUAUAUUAAUUGUGAAUCAAUAUCUUAUUAUUAUUUGUAUUUUUCGACGCGACAAAAAUCACUAACAAUUUAUUCAUAGAUAUUCAUUUUCUUCUUUUAUAUCAAUAGAAUAUUGGCCAGUUCUCGCAUAUUUCCAACUUUAUAUGUUUCAUAAAUAUUCUUAUCAAUUAAUAUUGUAAAGAUAAAAAGUAAAAAAAAUAUAGUAAUAAAAAAACUGUACAAAUAAGUAGAAGAUAAUAUAAUUAAUAACAAAAUUUACAAAACGAAAAUUGGAAUGAGAUGUGGGAUGAGUUGAUAUUACCAGCUAAUAUUAGGCUUGAGUUUUGAGAUCCAUCCAACUACUUAUUUGCUAAUUCAAUAUGCCAUAACUAAUAAGGUCUUGAUUCUAGUCGCGUCGAAUAAUAUAAAAAAUAAUAACAUCUCGAUUCAUAAUUAAUAUGGAUAAAUUGUAAGUAAUUCUUGUCGCAUUGAAAAAUACAAACAAUAAUAAGGUCUUGAUUCUUGAUUAAGAUUAUGCGUUGAAUAGUUAAAGCACAGCGGACAAAACGUUUCCUUGUUAAGUGUUACUAUUUGUUUGCAACAUUCAAUCAAAUCCCGCAUAUAAAUAUACUAGAUUGAUUGUAUUCACGUAUAUAAAUAUCCGAUAGCAAGAACAAUAUAUUCUCAGUCCAUACAUAUAUUGUUCAACAGUAAAACUGAAAAAUUCCUUAACAUGGGUCAAAACCACAUAGCACACAUAAAGAGUAGAAAAACAAAAUGUAGGGAUUACGAGAUUAGAACGAGAGAAAAGUAAAAGAUUAUUUAACAGAAAAUAAAUGAAAAUCAACACAUAAAAACAGACGUACCAACCCAAAAAAUAAAAGCAUAACUGAAAUGAAUUUCCAACCACUCGAGUCGAGUAGCAUCUGACUUACACACACACACACGCACACCAACUAAGUCAAACAUCACUAUCCCAACUUCGUCUCUUCUCAUCCCACACUCCCUUUUCCCUCCUAUAUAACCCCUCCUUCCCUCUUCACUCUCCUCACAUACUCACCAUCUCUGUGUUGCCUGUGUUUGUUAGAAGCUAAAAACACACACACACACACACAUAGACAUGGCUCGAUUUCCUUGCUGUGAGAGGGAGCACGUUAACAAAGGAGCAUGGACGAAGGAAGAAGACGAGAUUCUCACCAAGCACAUCAAUGAGCAUGGUGUGAGCAACUGGAAUGAUCUUCCUAGAGAUGCUGGUCUGUCGAGAUGCGGCAAAAGCUGCCGGCUUCGAUGGAUCAACUACCUCAAGCCUGAUCUGAAGAGAGGAAGCUUCACCAGGGAAGAAACUGCAGCCAUCAUCGACCUCCAUCGUUUGCUCGGGAACAAAUGGGCUCUUAUUGCUGCCCAAUUACCCGGGAGAACGGACAAUGAUAUCAAGAACUAUUGGAACACUCAUGUCAGACGGAUGCUCAUCGGCCGUGGCAUCGACCCUCAAACCCACAUAAGCCUCAAUCCGUCGCUAUCGAUAAACCAAAACCCUAGAAUUUUCUCCACGAUGAUCAGAAAUGACGCCGGUUUUAUUGUUCUUAUGGCUGCAAAUCGUCGUCCAGGUAUCAUUUUGGAUCUUUCCACCAGACCUCGUCCGCAAACCAAUUUAGAUCUUUCCAUCAGACCUCUUCCACAAAUAAAUUCGGAUCUAUCCAUUAAACCUCGUCCCCAAAUCAAUUUGGAUCUAUCUAUCAGACCUAGUCCCCAAAUUAAUUUGGAUCUUUCCAUCAGGCCUCCUGGUAAUCCCUACUGAUCAUCAAGUGAAGCUGCAAAAUUAACACAUUUUUUUCUGGAAAUGGCUCUCAACAAUUAUAUUAAUUAAUUGCCAUUGUGUCUGAGUCUGUUCCCUUUGAUUAAAUGUGGAAGUUUUGCCCUUUUUGAAAUAAAAAUAUGAAUGCAGCUUUCUCUUUGUUA